UCGCGAGUGCAGGUCAUGUCUACUCACCUCACUCAGCUGGGGUGUGUUGGUGUGCUGAAGGCAACAGCAGCUUGAUUACUCGUGUGGUCACCAUGGAAGCCUGUCAGAGUAGAACUCACGAAACAGGUCACAGGCUGUGUGAUGGAGGAGGGUGAAGAAUCUUCAUCAAUAUAGGCGUCGACAACGACAACAUGAGCCACACCACGAACAGGGUGAGUGUCAACAGACAUUUAACAGCCAUGAUCAGAAGAAUGAAUGUCAACAGACAUUUUGCAACCAUGAUCAGGGGUGCCUGGGCCCUUGGUACGGAGGUUGUGGCGCGUUAUCCUUUUUCUGGUACAUCUACAGAAGAUUUGCCCUUUGCCAAGAUGGAGAGACUAACUAUAGUUAGGCCAACCAAUGAUCCUAACUGGGUUAAAGCAAGAAACAGAGAUGGUAUGGAGGGCAUGAUACCAACAUCGUACGUGACGGAGUUUAAAAAAGAAGUAAAGCUCAAUACCAUGGCCUGGUUCCAUGGUAAAAUCAGUAGAGAUGAAGCAGAAGGCCUACUGAAUCCACCUGAGGAUGGUCUCUUCCUUGUCCGAGAAUCUACAAACUUUCCUGGAGACUAUACACUUUGUGUGUGUUAUGAAGGCAAGGUUGAGCAUUAUAGAGUUAUAUAUAAAGAUAACAAGCUAACCAUUGAUGAGGAGGAAUAUUUUGAACAUCUAACAAAACUUGUUGAGCACUAUGAGCAAGACGCUGAUGGUUUGUGUACUCAACUAAAGCGAUCAGUGCCAAAGCAAGGUAGACGUGACUAUGCAGUUGAUGCAGUGAAGGCCUUCAAGGCAGCAGGCUGGUCCAUUAAUAGACAAGAAUUAAAGUUGCUGGACUCUAUAGGAAAAGGAGAAUUUGGUGAUGUAUUGCUUGGUGACUGGUUAGGACAGAAGGUGGCUGUCAAGAGAUUAAAGGAUAGCAGCAGAGCAGCCCAAGGCUUGUUAGAGGAGGCCUCACUUAUGACGAGUUUAAAACACAAUAAUUUAGUGAAUCUUUUGGGCUUAGUAUUUGAAGAUUCUUGCAUCCUUCUGGUAACAGAGUUCAUGAGCAAAGGUUCCCUUGUUGAUUACCUACGAUCACGAGGAAGACUACACGUUACUAAGCAAGACCAGAUCAACUUUGCAUGUGACACUUGUAGUGGUAUGGCAUACUUAGAGUCGCAGAAGGUAGUUCAUCGUGACUUGGCUGCUCGUAAUGUUCUUAUAAGCGAGGAGGGUGUAGCCAAGGUAUGUGACUUUGGUCUGGCCCACGAGAUGAACUUCAAGUUGGAUGGAGGGAAAUUCCCAAUUAAAUGGACUGCACCUGAGGCUCUCAGACAUAGUAAAUUUUCAAACAAAUCAGACAUGUGGUCCUUUGGCAUUCUUCUUUGGGAAAUUUAUUCAUUUGGCAGGGUUCCUUACCCACGAAUUCCACUGGCAGAUGUGAUGAAGCAUGUAGAAAAGGGUUACCGCAUGGAAGCUCCUGACUGUUGUCCACCCGAGGUGUAUCAAUUGAUGAAAGAGUCUUGGAAUUUGGAUCCCCAGCUGCGACCCACAUUCCACGAGGCAUAUAAGCAUCUAGUACAGCUGCAGCAUUCAACUUUGGCAUGACCUAAUCUGGGAGCAUAAGUAUAUUCAAAUGGUGCCAAUCGUAGAUAGUGAUAGCUGCAGUGAUCAUUUUGGCGUAGUAAUAGAAAUGAAUAGUUGCCAGAUAGAAGAAAUGGGUGAUAUGCACAUUAAACAAAUAUACUGCUAAUAGACAGUGAUUGUUGCAAAAUAGUGUCUCCAGUAUCUUGAAAAAUUAUACUGGACUGAAGAAACUACUGUAAUGAAUUUCAUUACAUGUGUAUAAAACCAAUCAGGUAUUAGCCCAGGACACCUGAGCCUCUUAUCCCUCCACACUUGCUUCAAAUAGUGUCUUGUCUUGAGUACAUGACAAUCUAAGUUGAAUAUCUUUCCCUUAUGAUUUAUUUUAGUCAGCCGUUAUAUAGAGAAAGAAUGGAUGUGUAUUUGGUGUCAGUAUUUCAUGUAAUGGCCUCUUGCUUUAGGAGAUGGUGCAACAUGUCAUUUCUCCUUCCCAGUACUGUAGCUUUAUAUAGCAGUGAGAAAGGAGGAUUGGUGGAAACUAUUUGCUGUAUUUGGAAAUUGUGUAUGUUCCUGUGUAGUGUACAGCUGACAGAAUAUUAUUGGCACUUGUGUAUUAUAAUCUGUAUAUCUUCCUGAUUUAUCUUGCAUAUAUCAGCAAUGUGUGCUUUUUGUAGCUCUUGUAUCAGGCCAAAUUCAUUGUAAACACACUUAAGUUGAGUUUUGUUUUUGAAGUGUAACAUUACAGUUAACCACUGCACUUACAUAGGAAAAAAAAAUUGUUGCUUGCUGAAUUUUUAGCUUUACAAAAUGUAUGUAUUUUUAAUGAAAAAAAAAGGUAAAAAAUUUCAGCAAGCACUUAAAUGUUAUGAGUGCAGCAGUCAACAGUUUUGUAGCAUGUUGCUUAACCUGAGUGUGUUAGAGUAUGGGCCUUGAUGUCAGAUAAUUUAAGAAAAGCAAGGCUAAAAUCUGACCUAAUCACAUGUUUGUGAAAAUGUAUCAUGUGAUUAUUUUUUAUGGUUUUAACCCUCUAACUGUCCAAACGUAGAUCUAUGUUUGCGUGCACAGCGCUCCGCCCUUGAUUUUCUCCAUAAGAAAGAAUGUAAAAAAAAAAAAACGUAAAUCUAUGUUUGGACAGUUUAAGGGUUAAUGAUAUUGAGAAUUCUAUAAUGUUAUGAUAUACGUUAUACUCCAUGAUUGACUUUAAUGUGCAUAUAAUUAUGUAAAUGGCCACAAUAUAUCGACAAGUCUAUUUUUGAAGUUAUGAAUUUUAUUUUUAAAUAUAUUUUCAUGUCUUCAUUCACAUCAUUUAGAUAUACAGUACACUGAUUAAUUUGUUAAUAUGUGAAAUAUUUACUGUAGUUCAGGAUAAUUAGCUUGCAGUUUUUAAAUAUACUUUAUAUUUUCCAGUUUAAUGUUCUCUCUUUUUAGGACUCAAGUCAGUAGGUUAUGCAUAUCAAUGCAAAUGAGACUGUAUAUCUUGUUGUGCAGCCUGUGUGUUGCUCCACAUUUUUUAUAUAUAAUAUUAGUAUGUAUCUGAUGUUCAACAAUGUGAAAUUUAACUUAUAACUUCAAAAACUUACAUUAAGGGUGUAUUUUCAUGUUAUUAGAUUUUGGUAGUUGUACACCACCUGAGGGGAAUGGAAAGCAAUUAGACUUGAGCCAAGAAAGGGAAGGAGAGAUUUAAUUCCUAGUAUCAAGAGCCCCUCAUUAGUAUUAAUGAAUCUCUCUUGAGGGGAGGGUUACAUGUAAUUGUAAACAUUUAGGUUAGGUAGGCCAUGUUAUAAAAAUUACAAAAAUGCACCUUUCAUGCAAGGAUUACAAGCCACAAGUUAAGAUUUAAUUUGAACAGUACUUACCAGUAUUACGUAUAAGAAUUAGGACAAUGAGAAUAAAGUAUAUUGCUAUUAAGCCUGUGAAACGAAACAUUAACAAGUCACAAAAUACCCAGACUUAUGAAAAGAAAAGUUAAAGUGGCAUUUCAGUCCACCCUGGACCAUUGUUGCAAAUGGGAGAGAGAGAGAAAAAAAAAAGAAAACCAGAGGACAGGUCGGAUAGUAAUUAGGGGAAAAUAGUAGGACUAGUAGUAAAGUAAUGAAGGGAAAAAUUACAUCAAGGUGAAGAUCAGAGUCCCUAAGAGACAAGAGCACUGCAGUAGGUCUACUGGUUUAUGGUAGGAAAGAAAAUGAAAGCAGGAAAUACAGAA